GAUUCCGUUAAUAGAAAAUGAAAAGGGAAAAGGAAAAACAAAAAGAUGGAGUUGUCUUUGAACUCACACGAAAGCAUGGAUUUAAGGAGUCUCGAACCGAACGCAAAAUGCGAUUAAAACAUGAAAAAGAAGAAAAAUGGGGUAAUAAACUCCAAAAAGAAGAUUUGUCUAAAUUGGCAAAGGAAUUAGAUUCUUUGGUGCGAGCUAAAUUUCUCUCUCCACAGCAGAAAGAAAGAAAAAGAUUGGUAGAAAAGAUGAUUAAUUCUCUAGAAAAAAAGAAUGAAGAUGAAAAGGAACCUUUGCAAAGUCCUGUAUUAAGUUCGUCGCAGAGUUCUGUUUUUGAAGAAGAUCUAAUAUUUAAAGCCGACGACAAUGAAAAGGAGACACAUGACGCUCUCAGCUUUCUUCCCAGAUGCUUUAAAAGUAGACGCAAAAAUGUUGAUGAAAUUCCCGAGUUAUCAAAAUCUCAACAAGCUGAAAAACAGUUACUGGAAGCUGUUGCUGCUGAUGAUGAUGACCAGGAGGCGUUUCUCGCCUCACUUAUAUAAAAAGAAAUUUUAAUAAUGGCAUAUUUUGUUUUCCUUUCAAAUUAAUAUACUUUAUUAUUGUUUUA